AUGAACACUGAAGACCUUGAGGACACCCACCUGUGCAUUAAGUGCAAUGCUACGAUUCUGGGACUCACCAAAUACAUUGAGCACAGGAAGCGAAAUUGCCUGAUGACGGUGAAGCCAGAAGGUACGCCAGCUACAGAUGGGCCAGAAACCAGUUCCACUCCCACUCCAGUGGUGUCCCAGACGAUCAUCAGUCGCAGCAGUCAUCUGGAUCACACCUAUGAUGGCUUUCACUUUGCCGAACCGGAGGCCCCAAGUAGUUACCUCCGGAAAACAACUGCCAGUCAUGGGGGCAAAACCUCAAAGUCCCUGACCGAAGCUUACGAUCUGCCGUACGAGCUGGGAGCUGACCUAUUUUUCUCCUCGCUGCAGUUGCAAAGUGUUUCCACUGGGGGCAAAACCGGAUCGGUGCCGCGCCAGGAUAGAGCCAAAGAGGAGUCCUGGACAGCGCCUAGGGGCGAUCCUCUCCUGAAAGCAGUGAGGGAACACGACGAGGCGGUGUUCAAGCCCCUGAACUUCGACCACGACUCCCCAGAAGCGAGUGAAGAAGAGGACGACGACGAGGAAGCCGAUGACUUUGACGCGGAAGAGGAUGAGGAGGAGUACGAUGUCAGGCACCAUUCUCCGCCCACAGUGCCCGCCACCCACACUGGCGGUAAGUGGAAGCCCGAACACCGUCCCCAGCUCCGGCACCAGCAUAUCGAGAGAAUAUCGCCCAGCUGGGACGAUCCACCCGAGGAGGCGUACACUCACCCUCCGGCGGAUCAUACGAAGGGCAAGUGGGUGCCCGGAAGCAAGCAGCUGGAGUAUCGGGAAAAUAUAGACCUCACAAAACUGGAACAGCCGGGGACCAGUUACUGGUGCAACAUCUGCUGCCGGCGCCUCAAAAGUCGGUCCAACUACGAGCAACAUUUGAGAAGUGGCUACCAUCUGAAAAGGGCUGAUGCAGAGUGCCAGUUGGAGCAGGCUACCCUCGGAGAAGAACUCACCCUUAGCAAGGACUUUGCUGUGGAGACCAGCGAGAAGAAGGAGGAGCUGCAGCUGCAUCCCGCCAAGAGACCGCGGAGAUCGAGUCUCCUGCGGUGUGAUCUCUGUCGCCGCAGGAUGCCCAGGCAUUUGAUGGGCAAGCACCUGAUAUCCCAUUAUCACUACCGGCGCCUGCAGCAGCAGAAUCCGCUGAGGAGGCAGUUGUCCCUGCAGACCAUUCUCAGCCACAUGGGCAGCAUCGUGAGGCAGGCGCCGUUUCAGUGCCUCCCGUGCCGAUUUUACGCCAACACGGAGGAUGCCUUUCUGCAUCACUGGCAGUGCCAGGAGCACUUGGAACUAACCCAGAGGCUGGGGGGAUCCUUUUGGUGUGGGUACUGCCAGUUUGAGUGCGCCACCAAUGAGUCCAUGUGGCUCCACCUGCUGCACGCAUCUCACAAAGAAGUGCUCUUGGUCCUGAACCGGUCGGUUCCCAUAUGCAUUGCCCAGCGGCGACCUAUCCAGUGUCCGUAUUGCGGGCUGAGCGUUCUAUACAAUUUCCAGCUUCGUCGGCACUUCGCCUCCGAUCAUCCCGGACUGGCACCUUCGGGAACCGCAGCUGAUGAGUAUCAGUGCAGAUUUCGGUGCGGGCUGUGUGGCACGCCACAGAAGUCGCGAUUGGCACUCCAGCGUCACGAGAAGCACAAGCACCACCUGGCAAGGUAUUACUGUGCCAUAUGUCGCUUGGACUUUGACACACCUUUGCAGGCGCGACGUCACCGGAGCUUGGUGAAACAUAAGCAGAGGUCGCGAACCAAGGCACCUAUUUCCAGUUCCCAACCGGAAAAGGACAUAGAGCAUAUGCUUAGGGAAGUGCUGGCAGAACCGGCCCACAGUCCGCCUGCCAAGAGGAAUAAAUUGGCCGAGAAAAAGUGCUCAAAUUGUAGGGAGGUUUUUGACUCCCCACAAAGGUUGGCACAUCAUCGAGCUGAAGUGCAUCCGGACAAUAACCAUGUAUGCCUCAGCUGCGGAUCGAGCUUCCAAUCCGCCCAGGCGCUGGGUAGGCACACGCGCAGCUGUCAGCCCCUGGCCACCACCUCCGGUGCCUCUAACGCAGCUGCGGCUAAAAGCGCCGCAGCGUUCUCCUGCGACAAGUGCAGUUUCCAGUCGCAAUAUGAGUCCGAUCUCAUUUACCACCGCUUUUUCCACUCGCGACCGGGAACAAUAGGGAGAGACGAGCUGCUGCAGUGCCCGCUCUGUCCCAAGCAGUUCAGGAAGCACUCUCUCAGAGCCCAUCUCAGAAACCACACAGAUGAGAAGAUUUUCGAGUGCACAGAGUGCCACCAGAAGUUCGCAAGGAGACACAACCUCAAGAAUCAUGUGGCCACCAUGCACGGCGAGAGAAAGGAUACUCCCAAAGCCAAGGACGAUUCGACCAAAGUGGCAAAGCCGAAAUAUCAGUGCCGGACCUGUGCCAAAGUACUGUCCAAAAAGCAUUCCCUUAAACUGCACGAGUUGAGUCACACUCAGGGAGCAGAGCGAAGCUUCCGCUGCCACUUUCCAGACUGUUCCUAUGCGGGUUUAUACCAAGAAAACCUCAAAACCCACCUCAUCUCGCACUCCCAGGGUAGGCACAAGUGUGAACGGGAAAACUGCAGCUACGUGGGAAAAAGCAGCCUACAUCUGAAGAGGCACCUCAAGUCAGCCCAUUCCCGGGAGGGAGACGACGCCAGGGAGUGGUUCUCAUGCGAUCAGUGCGAGUUUAGGACCCGCACCAAGGGUCACCUCCGCCGGCACUCGCUACGCCACUCGGGACAGAAGCCCCACCAGUGCCCCCACUGCGACUUCCAGUGCAGCACCAUCGAUAAUCUACGCAAGCACAUUGUCAAGACGAGCAAACAUCCCGGCAAGUUCAUCUACGAAUGCCACAAGUGUUCGGAUCAGGCGCCAAAUGAGAUCUUCAAGACCAACAUUUUCAAGGAAUACCAAAAACAUUUGGCCACUCACCAAAUAGAUUAA